AUGAAAUUCCCCAAAUUAAGAAAAAGAACUGUGUAUUGGGCUGUUUUGACGGUUUCCAUACUUUUCAUAAUACAUCUUGUUUUCCAAUAUAAGGAGCACAACAGCUACGAAACAUAUCCAAUUGUAUUGAUUCCGAAAACUUUUUCGUCUUCAAUUCUGGACGCUUUCGAAACUCAAAAUAAUGAAGCAUUCCCAAUAAAGCUACUAAAGAAUUGCCAAAUCAUACACUCCUAUCAUGCUGGACAUGAAGAGAAUAUAAAACUGAUGGCACAAGAACCCCAAUCCAACUUUCACAAGUUCAAUUUCACAGUGUUCAACUCAGCGAAGCCAAUUGGACUAGAUCUCAAACAAUGUCAACUACUACGGUCAUCAUCCCAAAUAGAAGUCAAUGACGCUGUUCGCAUGGAUGCAUCAUUACACGAUAUAUUAAGCAAACUAUUGCAAGAUAUACAACAUGGCAAGUUGGAAUAUUUCCGAGAAAUAGCACCAUUCUUCCUCCCAGAAUUACAGCUACAGUUAAAUCUAAAUAUUGUUGACCGAUUUUGGUAUCGGUUUUCAGGGAGUUCCAUAUGGUUAGAGCAAUAUGAUAUGUAUUUCAUGAUUUCUCGAAUUGCCUAUUCACCACAUGGAGUUAAGAACCAGCCAGUUGUUUCCUUGACGUAUGGUCAAUUGUUUGACCGAAAUUGGAACGAAAUCAAAAAUAUCAAUUUGUUGGUUCCCAGUAAUGAAUUUACAAAAGACGAUGGGCAGGGUUCUUUUAGGAUCAUAUCGUUCCCUUACUUCUUACCGAUCCCAUUCUGGCACGAUAUCGAUAGCACAGAUGGAAACUACUUUGGACCAGAGGACCCACGAUUAAUACUAGUGAAAAAUAAACAGGGUUAUGAAGAGCCAUUACUCAUAUUCAACUCAUACCAUAGGAAGUUUGUGCAUUAUGACGAUGAUGAAGAUUCUAUCAUGGGGCAAACUGUUAAAUUCCAGAGGUCGAUGUUUAUGUGCUGGCCGUGGCAAUACCAAACGGGUAAACUGAAUGUUGAAGGAACAAGCAACCCUGAAUACGACAAUAAAGUAUAUAACAGAGUGGUCGAGUUAAAGGUGAAGCUUUUGGCCGACAUGAAGACUCAAAAGAAUUGGACUCCAUUUAUUAGUAACGAUGGUAUAAAUAACUUUGAUUCCUACAUUUUUUUUGUGUAUCGGUGGGCAAAUUUGGAUGUUUUGAAAUGCAAUCUACUUGGUGAUGCUGCAGGUAAUUGUGUUUUCGAUUAUAGAGUAGAUGAAACAUUAGUGCCACAGAACAAAGUUGGUCCAUUGAGAGGAGGUACGCAAUUAGUUAAUCUUCGCCAAAUAAUUCCUCCAUCAGUCUAUCACCGCUUGUUACCUCCUCAUCGAGAACUAUUUGUUGGAUUUGCUCGCACACAUUUGGAUGAGUGUGGUUGUGGCAAGGUCAUGUAUCGUCCAAAUUUGGCGAUUCUUGUCAAGGACAAAACUGACAGAACCUACUACAAGGUCAGCCACAUAUCGCUGUCGUUGUCAUUUGAUGUGCCAAUAAUUGGAUGGAACGUGUACAAACCUGAUGACUUGUGUUUUGAUUCCAAUGUUUUGAUACCUUACAGUGUAUCAAACUGGAAUAUCACAUCUUUGGAAUUGGAUAGAGAAGGCGGUAAGUGGGUCUCCGAUGACCAAUUGACGGUGACGUUGUCGAUAAGUGACUCAACUGUCCAUAGACUUGAUAUCAGGGGUUUGUUUCAAUCAAUUCUUGAUUUGACUGAUCAUAACUUAUUUAUGCCAAUUCAUGCGGAUGACAUUGGAAAUGAUAAAUGGAAGAAUAGUUUACAAAUUCCAGGCAGUGAUUCCCAUAUCCAGGAUAUGAUGCAGUUUGGUUUCAAUAACGAUAAUAUAGUAUGUGCGUUACAUGCAUCUGUUGAAUUCUGUUUUGAGUAUGGGGUUAAGUUUGGCAUCCCCAAACAAGAGGAUUUCUACGAGGUUGAACAGCAAGAGUUCAACGAAGAGCUAAUUGAUCCCAAGAAACACCAGUAUUUUAAGAUCUUGAGUAAGUAUCUAUAUGAUCAAGCCGUAGCCAAUAGUUAG